UGAGUCCAAUGAUUUUUUCACCCAUUCUCUACCUCUCACUUCUUUCACUUCUAAAUGUAUAGAGGGCGUUGAGAUAACUACAAUAUGUUGAAUUCGGCUCCUCCGUUGAUUGAUCCAACCCACGAUUUUAUUUCAUCUGAAAAAUACUUGGAAAAUUUAGAGAAGAAAUUGAAGAAAGUAACUGGUAAAUCCAAGACAGAGCCUACAUCUAAGGACAUUAUACGAUCUUUGGAGCAAUGUAAAGAAGCUAGUAUGAAACAUCUUUUAGAAUCCUCAGAGAAUGCAGAUCAAACUGUGGACUAUACUGGUGCUGUUCUCAGUAAGUCUCAUCAAGGCCAACAACAAACCACUGAGGAGAUUGUAGCUCUAGUGUUCCAGGAUCAGCUCGCUCAUCAAACAGAGGUGACAAGCCAGUGUACAAGUGAAGUAAAGUGUGCCCAACAUCUGAUUCCAAAAUAGACAAAGCUAGAACUUGGUCAUUGCAUUGUACAUUGUUUUACCUAUAUAUUAAUGGCUGUAAUCAAUGUAUUUCAUGAUUGUGAAUUUACAUUUUCAAGUUUUCUAUUGAUUUAUAUAAAUCAUUUUUGGUACUUAAUUACCAUGGUAGUUAAAGUGUUAUAUAUUAAAUUGCAUCUUGCUUUAAUCUAAUACAUGUAUGUGCAUGUACCGUAAGUAAUAUUAUUAAAUUAUGAAAUUUAGUAAAGAAUAGCAAAAUAUGAUAAACACAUUGAAAGAAUUUAUAUAUAUUACGUUCCUCUGAUACACUUCAUAUUAUCCAAACUUUCCAUUCUGAAACAUUAAAUAUUGUUUUGGGAGAACAUUACAAUUAUGAAACAGACAUUAAUUUACUGAUAUGUUAGUGACAUUUUUGUUUAGUUUAUUUGUUUAAACUUUGUUUAUCGAGUCUAAGAAAUCAUAUCUAUUGUUCAAAUCAACUUUCCCAAACUUUUACGUUAAGCUACGUACAUAUCAUAUUUAAUGUCAUGGAAUAUUAAAAUAUCAUUAUUACCUCAAUCCUCUGCAAAGACUUUCUUGCAAAGACUUUGUUAAUUUUACCAAGCAAAAGAAAUCAGUUCCAGUUCAAUGUACAUCUGAAGAUGGAAUAAUAAAAUCCAAAAAGUGCUUGUGGAAUGAAAUUUGGAAACCACACAUUUUUUUAAAAUUAUCUUUACUGUGUGACAUCUCCUUUUAAUUCCUUUUAAAUUACAUUUUACUUAUAUAUAUAUAUUUGUCAUUCAUUUGUGAUGAAACAGUAAUGUAGAGGUAUUGAUGACUUCAAUAUAAUUUAUGUGGAAUAAAGAUGUGAAUUAGCUUUUUAAA